AUGGAGCAGAAGGAUAGAGCAUACUAUUUGAGAGUAUCUCAAUUAGUAAUGGUAUUUUUGAUAAUUAUACUAGAAUUUGUUCAGGCUGUAGGAUUCGCUAAAAAUUAUCGUGACACACCAACACACUCUACAGUAAUAUAUUAUUGGAUGGCUACAGUAUUUUCGUUUUUACUCUUGGGUCACCUUUUAAUACGAUUUCAACCACGAUGGAAACAUGGUCCAAAUAAAGAUGAAGUGUUGUUUGAUGGAAACAAACAAAUCUCUUCUUCUAUACCAAUGGGCUCUGUAAAUCAACAGCAACAACAAACGACUCCACAAAGAUCCCCUUCAUACGUGAUGCAGGAGGUUGUACUUAAAGAUGGUCAACCCGCAUUAGUCUUUCACAGUAAUGGGGAUAAACGAAGUAGUAGAAGGGCGAGUUUGUAUAAUCAUCAACGAACUAAUAGUAAUGGUUCAAGUUCUCCGAAAGAUACUCAUCAACGAACUAAUAGUAAUGGUUCAAGUUCUCCGAAAGAUACUGAGUUUACCAAAAAUGCCAGAAGCGUUGAAAACCAUGUGACUGGUGAAAAUGGAAAUGUCAAGAAUGUUGUUAAUUGA